GCACGUGCCUUGCGGGGGGCGGCCGGAGCUGGGGGGGGGGCGGCCUUGAACGUCUGGCGUGGAGAAACCGGGCGGCUGCGUGUGCAAGGGCGACAACAGGGACUCGAGGGCUUUGUGUUUGGUUUUUUGUUUUGUGGGUUUUUUUGUUUGUUUUUGUUUUCCCAAGGGAUUGGAAGCAUUGUAAUUAUUCUCGGAUGUGAGGGGAGAAGGAGCUUUAAGGCACAAGCAUUCUGAUUAACAUUCAUCCUCUCAAAGAGGGCAGAUAAAAGUGGCUUCCACCAUGACAACUGCUUUGCUUUGUAACAUGAUGUUUCUGCUGGUGUUUGGGUUGGCUUCACCUUUUAGCCAUAGCCCCAGGACCCCGGACAGGGUGUCUGAAGCAGAUAUACAGAGACUCCUCCAUGGGGUUAUGGAGCAACUGGGCAUUGCCAGACCGCGGGUAGAAUAUCCAGCACACCAGGCUAUGAAUCUAGUUGGUCCACAGAGCAUUGAAGGUGGUGCGCAUGAGGGUCUCCAGCACUUGGGUCCUUAUGGCAAUAUCCCAAACAUCGUGGCUGAGCUGACAGGAGAUAACGUGCCAAAGGAUUUCAGUGAAGAUCAAGGAUAUCCUGACCCUCCAAAUCCCUGCCCGAUUGGAAAAACAGUUGAUGAUGGGUGUCUAGAAAACACCCCAGACACAGCAGAAUUCAGCAGGGAAUACCAGCUGCACCAACACCUUUUUGAUCCAGAGCAUGACUAUCCCAACACAGGCAAGUGGAGCAAGAAUUUACUCUUUGAGAAGAUUAAUGGUGGUCCAAAAAGAAGGAAGAGGAGUGUGAACCCGUAUCUGCAAGGACAGCGACUGGACAACGUUGUAGCAAAGAAGUCUGUUCCACAGUUCUCAGAUGAAGACAAGGGUCCUGAAUAAGUACAGUAAAAAUUAAUGAUGAAAACUCAUGCCAUCCUCUGCUAGAUCGUAAUAUUGCUUAUGUAUGAUCAUCUAUUAAAAUCCUUGUGAAUGACA